AUGGCUUCCCUCCGAACACCCUCCCGUCGCCUCAUAGCAAACGCCUUCCACGAAGUCCGGACGAUACCACAGAAACGAUCCUUCGCCACUACCAUUGACAAUACACCACCACCCGCAAUGACAGCCACAGCACCGCGACAAGCGACGGCCUUUUCCGACAAGCUCAACAGUGGCCCUUCCUUCAACGACUUCGUCUCCGGCAAGAAAGAUGAGCCAAUGUCGAAGGAGGAACUCUACGAGAUCCGGGAAGUUGAGAUAGCAGGUCCCUCUGGCACUAGGCGAAAGCACACACGUCUACCAUCAUGGCUGAAGACACCCAUACCGAGUAACGAAAACUACAAGAAGAUCAAGAACGAUCUUCGUGAUCUAAACCUGCACACGGUCUGCGAAGAAGCCCGAUGUCCGAACAUCUCAGACUGCUGGGGCGGCAGCAACAAGAGCGCGGCAACAGCGACGAUUAUGCUCAUGGGCGACACAUGUACCCGUGGGUGUCGCUUCUGCUCAGUCAAAACAUCGAACAAGCCGCCCCCAUUAGAUCCCCACGAACCCGAGAACACCGCCGAGGCAUUGAAGAGAUGGGGUCUGGGCUAUGUUGUCCUGACAUCGGUGGACCGCGACGACCUAGCAGAUGGUGGCGCCCGUCACUUCGCCGAGACCAUCAUGAAGAUCAAGCAAAAAGCCAGCCACAUUCUGGUCGAAGCAUUAACGGGAGACUACGCAGGAGAUCUCGAGAUGGUAAAGCUAGUCGCGAAGUCCGGCCUGGACGUCUAUGCCCACAACGUCGAAACAACCGAAGAACUCACACCCCAAGUCCGCGACCGCCGCGCCAAGUUCCGCCAAUCCCUUGCUGUCCUGAAGGCCGCAAAGGAAGCCAACCCGAACCUCAUCACGAAAACUUCCAUCAUGCUUGGUCUGGGCGAGACGGAAGAUCAGCUGUGGAGGACGCUGAAGGAGCUGAGGGCGGUGGAUGUGGAUGUGGUGACGUUUGGGCAGUACAUGAGGCCGACGAAACGGCAUAUGAAGGUCGAGGAGUAUGUGACGCCAGAUACGUUUGAGAUGUGGAGGCAACGGGCGUUGGAUUUGGGGUUCUUGUACUGUGCGAGUGGGCCAUUGGUGAGGAGUUCUUAUAAGGCUGGCGAGGCGUUCAUUGAGAAUGUGUUGAAGAAGAGGGCGAGGCAUAAUACGCUACUCAGUGCGGAGAGCGUGGGGAAGUUUGAAGAUAUGCAGAGCGCAUAG